AUGCAAGAGAGAAUCCCAGAGGUCCAAGAUUCUAGAGUGGCUGUUUGCAAGGGGGAGGAGGCUACAGUAACUGCCACCCUGGAUAUACUUACGUGGGAAGGAAAAGGGACAGUAUCCAGAAUGCCUCUCGUAUAUAAAAGAGCUGGAUGUCAGGAUGCCCGUGUGGCCCAAGGAACCAGAGGUAGCAAAUUAUGGUCAAAAGAAUUGCAACCAAAGGCUGCAAGAGAAAAGGUCUGCAACCAGCUGUGUGUCCUAAGCUCUCUGCUGCCGUCACUCAAGACAUCCUCUAGCAUCAUCUCCUCCUCCCUUGUAUCUGCAGUUAAUCUUUCCUCCUCUUCUCUGACCAUGUCAGAAAAUUUCCAAAAUCCAUCUGUACUUGGAACUCAGAAUUCUCUGCAGCUCUCUCUUCCUGUGGUGAGCAACACAGCUUCCCUCACAGGAAGUGUCUGCAACUUCUCCAGGGUCUCUGCUCCAGCCCUCAGUUCAGCAUGGCUAUUGCCAGCGGGCUCCAGCACCUCUUUCCAGCCACUCAUGGGUAGUGCCUACCUUUACCAACAUUCCAGCACAACUAUGUUAUCUGGAGUCGCUGGCCAGAGCCAGCUCUCCACUUCAGCUGCUUCCUAUCCAGGUAUUUUUGAGUGGGACACUGAGAAGAAGUCUUCUUCACUUGGAGACUUCACUGUGACAGUCAUUGACCAAGACACAGCUGUUUCCUCCAUGUCUAUGCCAGCCCAGUAUGACAAAACGUCAGAAGUCACUAGCAUGGUCCCUCUGUAUCCAUCUCUUUCCGCCAACCUUGUUCAGGGAACACCAUCUCAGAUUCCAAAUCAGGGACACAGCCUGUCACUUACCCCCCAGGAAAGAGGCCAGGUAUAUUACUGUCACCAAGGCACACUGGGGCCUUUACUAUCUGGAGAGCUUGGCCCCUGCCUGCAGUCCUAUGGCUCUGUGUCGCACGCAGGAGGCAGGACCUCUGCCCAACCAGAAAUGGUCAUGGUACUAAAGGAGAUUCAGCCCACAGAUAUCCUACCACCAGCUUCUACCUCUGGAAUCUACUACUCUGUGUCUGCUCAGCCCAUCACAGAAACAGGUUUUCAAGUGAUGGAGACUUCCCUGGGAUCGCAACUUCCAAGCCAGACAUUUUGUCUCUCAGAAACUUCAGAAUUCCCUAGGUCCUGCAUUAGCAGAAAUAUCCAGAUACUUGAGAGUAAUCCACCACUUGAACUUGGGGACAUUUCAAUGAUAACUCCAGUCCAGAGUGCCAGUAAUCUCCUGGCACUGCCUCCAGUUCCAAGCCAGGAACAAACAGAUAAUAAGAAUUUGGAUGAUAUUAAAACUAAGUUUUCAAAGCCUCUGGAUGCUUACCAGAUUCCAAUAGAAAACCAAGAUCCUCCGCUAGUGCCUUUAGAAAUCUCUGAUAUUCACGAGCUCCUGGCCAGCAUUGAUCCCCUCAGCCAAGAGGAGCAACUUGUUUCUGAAAAUGAGAAUCUGGGAAAGAACAGCCUGAGUUUUGAGGACUUAGGGACACUUGAAAAUGGGUUUGACUCUAGCAGUGGCUUUGCAGACAUUGCUACACUGGUAGAGGAUAUUCACCUUCCCCAGUUCUUUCAUUCUUUGAAAGACCUUGAUCAAUCCGAAGCUCCAAAGUUGAUCAAAGCCAAAGAUACCAGCGCUGUUAAGGUAAAUCAGGUGCAGGAAAAGCCAAAUGUCAUAAAGGUGCCCUCUGAUCAACCCAGGAAGAACAAACAUAAAGCCUCUGAGUCUGUCAGUGAUGCUCCCAAGGCCAAAAUCCAGCCAAAGAACCCAGAGUGCCUGUUAGGGGAAGAAGUGAUUACAUGCAAUGCUGCAGUCGGUGACAAGGCUCCUGUGAACACAGUCAAACAGUCGAACAGCAAAGCUCAGAAAGCUGCAUCCGGCAGGAUCAACAAAGCUAAGAGCCAUGGGCAGGAAAAGACCAAGAGAACCAGAGAAAAAAAGAAGGCUGAAAAGAAUAAGCCAUCAGGGAACAAAGUCAAGGCAGAGGAGAAGCCAAGCAUUCCCAAGAUGAAGCGGAAGAAAAACCAACCUGACUUUAGCCAAGAGAACUUUAAAAAGCCUCGAAGCUGCCUAGGCAUGCACAUGCUGGAGUCUGUGCAGGUUUUUCAUGCACUGGGGAAGAAGAGUGAUAAGAAAACUGGGCUCAAUUCCUCUCGGGUCCUGGGAAAUUCAAGCAACCCUAAAGACCCCCAGCCAUCCCCUGCUAUUAAGUCAUGGCUCAAUACCCCAUGUGAGGGUAAAGGUCCUGACAAAACUCAAGUCAAAGCCCAGAAACCAGAUGAUGGUGCUGAAAAAGAGUGUCUAUCUCCAGCACGGUGUGAGCUGCCUCCUCCUGGGAAGGUCAAGUUAGUACCUUUGCCUUUUCCUACCUUGGACAAGCCUCAGGCUCGACCUGUUCCUCGGAGGCCACAGCCUGUGGCCUCAUAUCGGCCUGCUGUGGCUUGUUCUGCCUGGCCUGGUUCUACUAACUCAGCUCAACCUGCUGCAGUCAAUGCAUCCCGCCCAGCUCCUGCAUCUUUGCCAGGUCCUGCCAAACCAGUUCAGACAACUGUGACCAAUCCAACCCAACCGGGUUUGACCAAACCUACCUGGCCUAGUGUCCCUCAGUCUGUUGCUCCUCGGCCUGUACCCUACAAAACUUCAUCUUGCACUUCUCUCCAGCGGGAGUCUGUUCCCCCUCCUGUGACCAAGCGCCAGUCCCCACCCAAGCCUCAAACCCAAUUUCUACUCCAAGACUUCCGCUUCCAACCAAUUCCUUGGAGGAAACCCAAUGUGCCUGAGCCAGUAAUGUCAAAGCCCAUCACAAAAGAGCAGCGGCCAGAGCGGGAGGCCAUGAAGAGGCAGGCUCAACUAGAGCGUGAGAAUGCUGCUAAAUACACCUCUUUGGGGAAAGUGCAAUAUUUCAUUGAGAGGGAAAAAGAGAUGGAAAUUGCUCGGUACUAUGGGUAUGCCAUGUAA